AUGAGAAAGGAGACCCUCAGGCCACGUGCGACUCUCUUAGCCCUGCAGGUUUCCAUAGACCACCUUCGAGCCCUGAACACCACCUCAGUGGAGCUGCAGGAGGGUCAGCGGGACCUAGAAGCACCUGUGCAGGCACACCGGGAACGCCUGCUCACCCUGCUUAAGGAGAGCUGGUGCCAAGGGAACUGCCAGGGGGCCCUAAGCCAAGCCAGUGCCCUGCAGCUGGGUGCUGACUUCAGCCAGGUGCCCCCUGUGGACGAUGUCCUGCAUCGGCUGAAGGGUGUCCCAGAGGCCAACUUUUCCAGCAUAGUUGAGAAGGAGAAUGCCACCUUCAAUAGUCUCCCACUCUUGGUUGCAGUGCAGACAGCCAAUGUGAUCACAGAUAUGAAAAAGGCACUGGCUGAGCCGCCUGAAGGUGUGAGGAUACUGGCCCAAGAGUUCCCAAGUUCAGAGGCAGCUUCCUUCUGGAGCCAGGCACUGGAGGAGCUGGAACAGUACAGCCGCCCCUACUUACAGGAGGUGCAAAGAUAUGAGACAUACAGGUGGAUUCUGGGAUGUGUGCUGUGCUCUGGCAUCCUGAUUGUGGUGAUCUGUAACCUGCUGGGCCUCAGCCUAGGCAUCUGGGGGUUGUCUGCCAGGGAGGACCCCAGCCACUCAGAAACCAAAGGCGAGGCUGGAGCCCGCUUCCUCAUGGCAGGUGUGGCCUUCAGCUUCCUCUUUGCAGCCCCCCUCAUCCUCCUCGUCUUCACCACUUUCCUGGUGGGUGGCAAUGUGCAGACAUUGGUGUGCCGGAGCUGGGAGAGUGGAGAGCUGUAUGAGUUUGCAGACACCCCGGGGAACUUACCCCCAUCCAUGAACCUGUCCUACCUUCUUGGCCUGAGAAUGAACAUUAGUGUCCUCCAGGCCUAUCGACAGUGUAAGGCAGGGGCAGCACUCUGGAAGGUUCUACAGCUCAAUGACUCCUAUGACCUAGAUACGCAUCUGGAUAUCAAACAGUAUGCCCACAAGUUCGAGCAGGAGUUGCAAAACUUCAAAGUGGAAGUGAAGGAUCUAGAGCUGUUGAGCCCAGCUGCUCACCGGGACCUGGAGGCUUUGCAAGGUAGCGGGCUGGAGAAAAUACACUAUGGAGACUUCCUUGUGCAGAUCCAGAAGCCUGUAGUGAAGACUGACAUGGAGCAGCUGGCCCAGGAGCUGGAAGAACUGGCCCAGGCUCAAAACAACUCUGUACUGAGGCAUCAACUACAGGAGGAGGCCAGACAGCUGCGAAGCCUCUACCAGGAGAAGGUUGUCCCCCAGCAGAGUCUUGUGGCCAAGCUCAGCCUCAGUGUCAGGGCCCUGGAGUCAUCUGCCCCAGAACUGCAGGUAGAUACCUCAGAUGUUCUUGGUAUUGUCAAUCGUCUAAAAGGAGAGCUGCCUUCCCAGACCAGCUACAUCAUAAGGAAUGUCUCUGAGUGCCUCCUGAUCAGGGAAAUGGGCUACUUCUCUCAGUAUGUGGCCUGGGUGAGAGAAGAGGUGACUCAACACAUUGCCACCUGCCAGCCCCUCUCUGGAGCCCUGGACAAUGGCCAUGUGAUCCUAUGUGACAUGAUGGCUGACCCCUGGAAUGCCUUCUGGUUCUGCUUGGGGUGGUGCACCUUCUUCCUCAUCCCCAGCAUCAUCUUCGCAGUCAAGACCUCCAAAUACUUCCGUCCCAUCAGGAAACGCCUCAGCUCUACCAGCUCUGAGGAGACACAGCUUUUCCACAUCCCCAGGGUCACCUCCCUGAAGCUAUAGGAGCCACCCACCGUUUCUAACAGGGCACAGUGAUACCUGGGGCUUCCUGUCCUCCUUCCUUGUCUCAGCCUGGACCAGAAGACUUGUGUGAUCCCUUUCCCAGAGCCCAGGCUGGCCUCCAGCGCGGGCUGUUUCCUCCCCUUCUCCAUCUUACAGGUCCCACCUUUACACUCUUUUCCCCAUGACCCAAAUCAUAUACAGCCUCUACUGAACUACAGAGCCAACAGGUUCUUCUGGGAGCUAGCCCUUGUCCUCCUUGCUAUGGUAUCUCAGCAACAGGAAGGGCCUCUUCUCCAACCAUGGGAGCUCCUUUUCCAGCCUUUAAGUGGCACACAGGCCCCUCCAUUUACUCUUUCUCCCCACUUCCUGUCCAAGUUCCUUUCCCCUUGUCUGAGUUUGAUCCUCCCACCUGCCCCAUUCCUGAUCCCUCACCUGCCCAUUGCUUACUCUCUCCAUGGAAGUCCGGCCCCCACCCCAACCCCAACGCCCAGCCCCCAUUAUCCUCUCUUUACCUGUCCUCAUUGCUACCUUUGCUGGCUCCCAGGCCCUGCUUCCUGUCCACCUAACCAAGCAGGCAGCAGAUGUCAUGGUUGAGGUCAUGACUCCUGAGCCUUCUGCAAGCUCUAGUCUGGAUCUCCUGUUCCCAGGGAGGUAAAACAGGCCUGUACGAGUACUGAGCUGUCCUGUCUGCACCCCAGGUUAGAAAUAGCCACGCUGAUCCCAUCUUCUCUCUGAGCACUGGCUUCUUAGAGAGGACCAGGGAUGUGGGCCACACUGGGGCUCCCCCAUUUGCCUCAUAGACAGUAGCAUGGGUGGUCCCCACUGUCUUUCCCAAGAAGGGAACAGGGUUUUGCACUCCUCUUUCCCUUCUACACAUAUGGCCUGGGAUCACCUCUCACUUGUCUCUGCAUGGUCCCUAUGUGCUGGACACUGGGUCCAGAAAGGACAAAGAAAAGAGAGACAAUAUGGAUGAAUCUCUGUUCCAUUAACAUGUCACUUCCUAAGCUUUGGUUCUGGGCCCCCGAGGCUGGGUUCCCUAAGGCUAAGGUUCAGUAUAUGGUUGUAUUUAGUGAACAUCUGUAGAAAGACUCCCAAGGCCUCUCUAUAGGUAUCAUGGCACUGUGCAGCAAUUCAGUGUGAGGAGCAGAGCCUGCCUAGCCAUGUGAUCCACAGCCUGGUUCUGAUGCUGCUAGCUGGGGCACCUCAAACAUGUCAUGUAGGUCCCCCAAGCCUCAAUUUCUUCUUUUGACAAAAUGGAGAGGAUCCUCAGAGCCUGUAUGUAGGGUUGUGAAAGUCAAACAUGAUGAAUGGAAACCCUUGACAGGGCUUGGUGCCUAGCAAGUGCUACUCAGGAAUUGAGAGCUGGGCUGAGGGCAGAGGCGGGGCCUAAAGGGGGGCACCCUCUAUGAUAGCGGUCUGCUGUGUUUCUUCUGGGCAUGCUGAUGUGGAAUUGCAUCUUAGGAGCCAGCAGCAACUUUGCUGACAGGACUUAGGAUGGUGGUGUCCAAUGUGCUAAGACUCCUGCAAACAUACUCUCAAACAAGAUUUUUUGUUUGGUUGGCUUUUUUGUAUUUUUUUUUUCUUUUUUGGCUUUUCCCAGAGGUUGGAAGUUUUUGUUUUAUUGUUUGUUUUUUGGUUGUUACUUGUUACUUGGAGGUGAAGAAGUGACACCCGUAUUUUUUUUAGAUCUAAUUGAUGGGUUUAAACAAAUGAAAUAAAAGCAAUUAAAAAUCA